AUGGAAGUUAGAGCCUUGUUUUCAUGUGGGGCAUUAGGAACCUUCCUCCUCUUCUUCUGUUCUUUCCCUUUCCACUCCUUAUCAGACUCAAUCCAUGAAAAUUCCCCGAAACUUCUUUCGAGACGUUUAUUAACUGCAACUCCUGGUAACAUAGUGAAGCAGUAUUUAGUACCCCACAACCUUGAGAGAUCAAAGCUAGGACUCCCUCCUCUUAAAUGGAGCAAGAAGCUAGCAAAUUUUGCUUCGUCAUGGGCUCAUCGGCGACAACAAGAUUGCGCAUUGAUUCAUUCGAAUAGCGAUUACGGAGAAAAUUUGUUUUGGGGUAGCGGCAAGGACUGGAAAUCUGGUGAUGCUGUUGCUGCUUGGACAGAAGAGAAAAGUUACUACAAUUACGAAACAAAUAGUUGUAGUCACAACAAAGAUUGCCUGCAUUAUACUCAGAUAGUUUGGAGGCAAAGCAGGAAGGUUGGUUGCGCAAGAGUUGCUUGCAGAAGUGGAGAUACAUUUAUCACAUGUAACUAUGAUCCUCACGGUAAUGUCAUCGGCGAAAAGCCCUUUUGA